AUGGGGGAUAAGUUCGAGUUGCUGAAGACACCUGCCAAUAGGAGAGCUGCGCGUAAUAAGAACAAGAAUGAGAAACUACGCUUACGCGUGAUCUUCUUGGACGACAGUGAGAGAUCUUUCGAGGUGGAGAGAAAGAUCCUGGGUUCUGAUUUCUUCAAUAAGGUGUGUGGUCAUCUAAAGCUGCUAGAGAAAGAGUACUUUGGCCUGGAGUUCCGUCACCAUACUGGCAGCUUUGUCUGGCUUGAACUCCUUAAACCAGUGGCCAAACAGAUUAAGAAUACCAGUGAGGUAGCGUUCCAUUUUGUUGUGAAGUUUUUUCUUCCUGAUCCAGGACAACUGCAGAGAGGCUUAACCAGGUAUCUGUUUGCACUUCAGAUCAAACAGGAUCUGUCAAAUGGCAGCCUCACCUGUAAUGACAACAGCGCUGCCCUGCUCGUCUCUUAUAUACUGCAAGCAGAAAUUGGUGAUUAUGAUGAGGAGUUGGAUGCUCAUCAUCUUGAAAAUAAGCAGUAUGUGCCAAACCAGGAAUAUCUGGACCACAAAAUCAUUCGCUUUCAUAAAAAACACAGAGGUCACACUCCUGCCGAAUCAGAUGUGCAUUUGCUGGAGGUUGCCCGGAAAAUGGACAUGUAUGGGAUCCGCCCGCACCCUGCCCAUGAUGGAGAAGCCAUGAGAAUCAACCUCGCUGUCACACAUAUGGGUGUGCUUGUCUUUCAGGGAAACACAAAGAUCAAUACCUUCAGCUGGGCCAAGAUCCGUAAACUGAGCUUCAAGAGGAAACAUUUCCUGAUCAAACUCCACACUGAGACUGGGCCUUCGAGGAGGGACACCGUUGAGUUUUCCAUGGCCAGCAGAGAUGUGUGUAAGGCAUUCUGGAAGAUGUGUGUGGAGUACCAUGCCUUCUUCAGACUGGCUGAGGAGCCCAAGUCACAUCAAAAGUCCCUUCUCUCCAGCAAAGGAUCCAGUUUCAGAUACAGCGGCAGGACACAGAAGCAACUUUUUGAGUGUGUGGGCUCUGGAGAAAAGAAACAUUUGCCUUUUGAAAGAAGUCGUUGUAAGUCUGAAUAUGACGCUCGACAAUGCAGAUCCUCUCCUGACAUACUCACCGACGUCUCUAAGCAGCUUUACGAGCAGUCCCAUCUACCUCCUGACUCAACCGUUUCUGAGCAACACAACGAACAGUCAGGCAUACCAAAACGUAGCACAUCGGCUGUGGAAGUCAUGUUCACUAAUGAGCUGGAACGAUCCAGACACUUGUCAAGAAAUCCUGCCUUCUCAAGCAACUCUGCUUCUCCUAAGCUUCGCUCGCUGUCCACAUCUGGAGCGGAGCAUCGUGGUAGAGGAGCUCAGAGACAAAAGACAAAAAGACGGUUGUCUCCAAGCACCCAGCAUCUUGUGCUCCUAUAUCCCAACACGCCCCAUCUGCAGUUCCACCCAGUUCUGCCCACCUUCCCACUCGCAACUCACCCGUACCUACUUCAAGACCACACGUCCUCAUCCCUAGACUGCCUCCCUCAAGCCCAUCACAGCUCUGUGCCUCUGCAAUACUUACCCAGACAAAUUGGCCACUCCUUACCAUCCUCUUGUUUGUCGCCACUACUACAAAAGCAACAGGACAGGUUCCACCCCAUUGGCCUAGGAUUGGCCGAAUCAAGGUUGUACCCUAGAGAAGGACAAGGGCUGAGGACAGGAUUGAACAGGAAACUGGAAUUGAGUAGAGUGGAGGCGGGCCAUUACAGCGAUGACUCCACGUUUCAGACCGGAUUGCCACGUCGAGCCUCGAGCCAACCAGAUGUCAAAUUCCAGCGACCCACACUUGCCUCAAACGCUGCUGCAUACGCAUCCGAGUAUCGCCCGCUUGGGUAUUAUCCACACCUCUCUCGACAGCAGGUUCCUUCCAGGCCCACCUACCUUCCCCUAAGUCCAGCCCCUUUCCCAGAAAGACCCACCUCUUUAUGCAUUCUUGGAACAGGCAGUUAUAGUGAUUCUGAUUCAGACACCUUCUACCCCUACUUUCCCUCACUGGGCAAAGUGGUACGUUCUGGUCCACUGGCACGCAUGCGCUUCUCUUCUGGAAGCCUUCAACUAGACGAAGAGGAUGGAGAGGAAGAGGACUUAGAUGGUCAGAACGAUGGGGAGAAUAAAGCUCUCAGCACUGUUAAGGUGGUGAAGUUGUAG